AUCGGAAUUAUUGGUGGAACUGGCCUGGAUGAUCCGGAUAUCUUAGAAGGAAGAACAGAAAAAUAUGUUGAUACUCCUUAUGGCAAGCCUUCUGAUGCUUUGAUAUUGGGAAAGAUAAAAAAUGUGGAUUGUGUGCUGUUGGCAAGACAUGGAAGACAUCACACAAUUAUGCCAUCAAAUGUCAAUUAUCGUGCCAAUAUCUGGGCAUUAAAAGAAGAAAAUUGUUCACAUGUAUUAGUAACUACGGCCUGUGGUUCAUUGCGAGAGGUAAUACAACCUGGAGAUCUUGUAAUUAUUGACCAGUUCAUUGACAGAACAACCAAAAGACAUUGUACCUUAUAUGAUGGACAGCAUUCCAGUCUUUCAGGAGUAUGUCAUAUUCCAAUGGCAGAGCCGUUCUGCACCAAAACCAGAGAGGUUCUUAUUGAGACUGCCAAGAAGCUUGGGCUCCAGUGUCAUUCCAAGGGGACAAUGAUCACUGUUGAAGGCCCACGUUUCAGUUCUCGAGCAGAAAGCCUGAUGUUUCGCAGCUGGGGAGCUGAUGUUAUCAACAUGACCACAGUGCCUGAAGUGAUUCUUGCGAAAGAAGCUGGAAUGAGUUAUGCUAGUAUUGCCAUGGCAACAGAUUAUGACUGCUGGAAAGAACAUGAAGAAGCAGUUUCAGUGGAUAAAGUGUUAAAGACACUGAAAGGGAACGCAAAUAAAGCUACCAGCAUACUCCUGACUGCUAUACCUCAGAUAGGUUCCAUGGAAUGGACCGACACCCUGCACACCCUGAGAACGGCAGUGCAGUGUUCAGUCAUCCUGCCAAAGCAGUAACAACCUGGAUGGACCUUGGCGUUUGGGUC